AUGGGCCUCCCCACCGCCGGCCAAACCCUCCUCACCCUCGUCUCGCUGACGACCAGCUUCGGCUGCUACCUCGCCGACUGGAACGACACGCACAUCUACCACCCGCUGUGGCUACCGCACGCCAAAUUCCACAACGGGCAGACCAUGUCUAUGGGCCUGCUGCUCGGCUUCGCGACGCUGUGGUACACGUUCGUGCCGGGCGCGCUGCCCGCGUCGCUGGCGCAGAGCAAGGAGAAAAAGGCCAUCGUCGAGGUGCGCCAGGGCAAGCAGCUCGAGCGCCUGCGCACCGCCGUCCUGCUCGGCGCCCUGUACUGGGUCACGCAGGCCAGCGCGUACUUCUACCCGGGCGUCGCGGCGUUCGAUCACGUGCCCGGCAGGGAGCACGAGGUGCAUGAUCCGUUGUUGCAGGCGAAGUUGGAGGCGGCGAUGUUUGUCAUGUUGGGUGGUGCGUGGUGGUUGGAGAAGAGGAGGAUUUUGAGCCAGGCGUAG